AGCUGAUAAUUUAUUUGCGAUAUGAUGUGGUUUCUAUAAAAGGCUUAAGCUUCGGGUUCCGAUCAUUCAGUCGUGCGGCAAACGCAAAGCUGAAAAGUAUUCUAGUUAUAUAGAUCUCACGGGGCAGUAGUAAUCCCAGUCAAAACCUCACCAUGUCCACUGGCAAGGCUUUCAAGGUCCUGGUGACACACCCCGAGGUUCCACAGCAGGGCAUCGAUCUGCUUAAGCAGAACUGCGAGGUCAUCCAGCUGCAGAGUGUUCCCAUCAACAGGGCGGAACUUCUGGAGAAAAUCCGUGGAGUCGAUGGUGUCCUGUGGGCCGGACAUGAACCCCUCAAUGCCGAGGCCCUCGAUGCUGCCGGUCCCCAGCUGAAGUCCAUCUCCGCCAUGUCGGCGGGCAUCGACUUCGUGGAUGUGCCGGAGCUCAAGAGGCGCAAAAUCCCGCUGGGACACACCCCUACCGUCCUCAACACCGCCGUCGCCGACUUGGCAGUGGGUCUCCUGAUCGCCGCCAGUCGCCGUUUCCACGAAGGACGCAAGAAGAUCGACAAUGACCAGUGGGAGAACUACCACCUCAACUGGCUGCUGGGCCAGGACAUUCGCGACUCCACCGUGGGUUUCUAUGGCUUCGGAGGCAUUGGACAGGCUAUUGCCAAGCGUCUUUCCGGAUUCGACAUUGACAAGGUGCUGUACACCACACGUCGUCGUGUUCACAAGGAGAUCGAGGAGGAGUACAACGCCAAGAAGGUCGAUUUCGAUACCCUUUUGGCCGAAAGUGACUUCAUCGUGAUCGCCUCCCCCUUGACCAAGGACACACAGGGCAUCUUCAAUGCCACCGCCUUCAACAAGAUGAAGAAGUCCGCUGUCCUUAUCAAUAUUGCUAGGGGCAAGAUUGUCAACCAAGAUGACCUCUAUGAGGCCCUGAAGUCGAACCGAAUCUUUUCCGCUGGUCUGGACGUCACGGAUCCGGAACCUCUGUCGCCCAAGGACAAGCUGCUGACACUUGAUAAUGCCGUUGUCCUGCCCCAUAUUGGAUCCGCCACGAACCGAACCCGUGCCGAUAUGUCCACCAUUGCUGCCCACAACGUUCUCAGGGGUUUGGCUGGGGAGCCCAUGUUGUCGCCCGCCUACUAGGAAAUUAGAAUGGAAAAUCGCAUUUCAGCUUUAACCGGUGUGGGAAGCCGGCCCAGUGAAGUGUGAAAGGCCACCAGUGGCCUUGGCAUGCUGGUAGACGUGAAAAUAAAAAAUUAUAAUUAAAAAUACAA